AAGCUAUCGUGGCCAUAUUGAUUUUUUGAUAUGAAACGAGGGAAGGUGUGGUUGAUCUGUUCUGAAAUGUAUCUAGAUUUUUUCCUACAAAAUUGUUUAUGCAGUGUGUGAUAUAAUUAUUGAAAUGUUAGCGCUCAUUGAAAGCGUGUAUCUGAUUAAAAUAAAAACAUUAGAGCAAGCUACUAGCCGCAUUCGCGCAAUGUGUGAGCUGAUGCGGUUAGGUUAUGCUUGCAUGUAUUAAAUGUUUCUGCUUGAAUGAUCAUAUCUACGAACUUGUCAUGAUACAAGAUAUCGCAGGUAUCAAUAAAUAACUUGAAUGGUGGACGAAAUGGAGUCUUUUAUCGUCAGCGACAUGACCUAAGUUAUGACAUAAAUACAGAAUUCUGUAUUUAUUGGAUUUUAUAAGAUACGGGUGUACACUUCUUUAAUUGUAUCGCUUAUAUCAUAUUGCCAUCCUUAUGUAUUAUACAAUGAGCAGCUGGACAGAAAGAAUGCAUCGUCGAGCAGCUACACUCGGUAAUGUGGUAACAAGUUGUGGACAUACAUCUUCUGUACCACCAUAUCCGAGACGUUUAGAAAAAGUUAAGUUUGGAGUACCUUUAGAUGAAGUAUGUAAAAAUGAUAUACCUGGUCCAUUAUUGGUACUGAUAUUGAAAUUAAAUAAAGAAGCUCCAUUAAGGAAAGAUGUUUUUAGAGCACCAGGCCAUCAGGGUAAUAUGAAAAAGCUUAUUCAUUUUCUGCAGACUGGACGUUUAGUUAAUAUGGACAACUUUAGUGUUUACACAAUAGCAAGUGUUCUAAAAAAAUUUCUACGUAAAAUACCUGGUGGUGUUUUUGGAAAGGAAGGAGAACAACAAUUAUUUACUGUUAUUCAAUUGGAUAGCAUGGAACAGCAAAGAGAUCAAAUUCAUAGAUUAAUUACUUCUUUACCAGUAUAUACACAACGUUUGUUAGUAUUAUUAUUUGGAACAUUCAGGGUUGUAGCAGUAAAUAGUGAAAGAGCUUGCACAGGAAUGUCUAGUGAAGCAUUAGGUGUAUCUGUAGCACCUUCAUUUUUCCAAAGCUGUGUGAGUGAUGGAAAAACUGCUAAAAUGGAGGAUGUUCUCAGAUUUAAGGCGGAGGUCUCAGUUGCCACCUGUGUAAUGAAGUUUAUGAUAGACAAUUUUGGAGUUUCUAAUUUAUUUGGAAGAGAGAAUUACGAAUUUUAUGCGCGUAUUACUGGAAGAAUAUUGAAAGUAGAAGAGGAUUGGAUUUUCAGUUUUCGAUAUCCCCCGGAUACUUUAGUAUCUAGACAACUCUCUCUUGAAGCUGAAAAGACUUGGCUGCAAUAUGAAUGUGAAAGGUGGGGACUAAAAUUUAAUCUAGAAUCUAUGUCACAUCAGGAAGAAUCACAGUCAACACCAGCUUUAAUUCAUGUACCACAAACUCUUGAUCUUACAUCUUCAUUAGGGAUAAUUCCUGAAAAUACAUUAUUAGAAAGUUAUACACGUUUAUCAGUAAGCUUGGAAGAGAAUGGUCUAUUUCAGGCAUCCAGUCGAUCUUCAAGUAAUGGUAGUCAUCAUUCUCGACACGCAGGAAUGACAUUAGACGAACUUCGAGCAAUCAAUCGUUAUGCAGAAAGUACUAAAAGUCUUAGUUAUCUACCACAGGUACAUGAAAGACAAACAGCACGUAUGCGUACAAGAUCAGAAUGGUUUUUAACACCUGUGGGAGAAAUAUUAGCUGCUACUGAUAGUGAUCCUACAGCAAUGCAUGUGCUUCGUGGUUCAAAUCGGUCAUCAUCUGGGAAUAUUGGAGGUUUAAGUGCUAGUGCUGAAUCAAUCAAACGUCCAAGUUUACGAAGAACAUCUUCAAGAGAUAAAACACGCAUGCAUCGUAGCUCAACUCGUAGAAAUAAAGAAAACGGGGCAAAAGGACGUUCUAUUGAUGCAUGUAAGUCACGAUCAAUGGAAACUAUUAAAACUAAAACUGUCAGAGUCGCAGUAGAUCAACCAGUGGAAAAAAUGUUGAAAAGUAGCCGAGAUGUAAUCAAAGAAAUUGGAAAUGAGGAACGUAUAGACGUACAUACUAGCGAUGUUCCCAUUGGUCCACAAGAUUGCACUGAAAUGGAUGUACAAAGUUUCCAUGUUACGUUAACGUACAAGCCAAGAAUAUAAAUAUUUGCGAAACUUAUAAAGCACUGAAAAUUAUACUAAUAUUACGGAAACUAUUUUUAGUGCAUAUUAGAUCUAAGUACAAAGUUAGUUGUGUAAUUGUCUAUGGAUGGAAUUUUCGACAUGACAGCGAAUUAAUUACAAAUUUUAAAACUAUAUUCCCUCCAGAAAUGAAGAUAGUGUUUCAUUUUUUGUUUUAAUUUUGUUUAUUCUUUUUUCUUUUUUUAAAUCGAUUUAUAUAAAUCAAAGACCCAUGUGUAUUAUAUAUUUGCAGAAUUCGCACGUAUUUUAAAACUAUAAAUAUGAUAAAUUAUGUUAUGUGACCAAUGAUGUUCUAAAAUCUUAAGACUGCUUCUAUAUAUAGAACUAUCCAUAUCAUAUCAUUAUAUGCAAAUAGUGCUUCUAUUUACAUACAUUCUCAGAGUGUCUAUUAAUCUUUAAUUGUAUUCUCGUUUUCAUGUAUGUUAUGUUUUAUAAUAUUGCUUUCUGUUAUAGAUAAUUUAGAGAAAUUUUUAUAUAUUAUGUGUAGUGUACAAAUGAUCGUAACGCAACGUUAAAAGCGAAGAGAUAUGAUCAGAAAUUUUAUUCAUUAAACUAUAUCAAAUAGAUAAUAUAUUUUCUCAUUAUCUAGGUUUUAUCUUUAUCUACAUAUUAAUAACAGAUUUAUACAUUGGUUAAUAAUAUAUAUCCUAUAAAACUUAAAAUAUAAGCUUUGGUUAAUAUAAAUAUUAUAGAAAAAAUUUAAAACUUUCAUAAAUAUUAAAUUUUAUUGUUAAUGAUAUACUUAAUGGUCUGUAUGAACAUUUAUCAAGAACUAUUACUUUUCGCUUUUAACGGAACUUCCUAUAAACGCAUUUAGCGUUUUCUAAUUAUCCAUUUACGUAUUCUAUUAUAAGCUUAAUUUCAGAAUGUUUAAUUUACCUUAUGUCUAUAAUAGACAUUUAUACUUUAUCAUUCCAAAUGCAUUUAUAAGUCUCUAAAAUCUUUUAUCAUUUUUCUUAAUUUUCUUCUUUUAUAAAAGUAAAGUUAUUUAUUUAAUCUAAUAAUUAAUAGAAAUGUUCUAUAGCUUUAAUUAAAUUGAUUAAUUUUAGUAUUAUAAUUAUUAAUAAUUAUACGCAUUAACGUAUUAAUUAUAAAGAUUUUAUAUUUCCACUUUUUACAUUAUUCUCUAACUAAUAUAUUUUAUAUCUAUUGACAAUGUUUCUAUUGCAAUCAAUUAUUACGAUCUGUUUGCAUUUAGUAUUUUUUUAAGCAGCUAAAGGUAUUUAAUUUACAUUGUCACAUUGUAAAACUUGAAGAAGUAUAAUCCUUUAAAAUGAAUUAUACGAUAUUACGUGAUGGCAGAUAAUUUUGUGCUUAAUACAUAGGAGAUAAAUUUUAUAUGGAACAUUAAAAAGGUAUUUAUAUCUGUAUUAUAUAAACAUCGAGAAUUUUCUAGUUAUGUCACGAUCUUAUUUAUUCACGACUACGAUUAAUUGUAUUGUAAUCUAUUAUAUGAAUUUUAUAUAUAUAUGUGUGUGUAUGUAUAUAUAUGCGUAUAUAUAUAUAUAUAUAUAAUUAGAAGAUCAGUUGUGUAUUGAAUAUUCUUUAAAUACGUACAAAUUUAUUCAAUGAUGCUCCAAAAAAGGUGUUCUAUUAUUGUAAUGUAGAUGUUAGGAGAAUCUUAUUAUGACUGUAAUAUCGAUGUAUCAUUAUUUAACACCAAAUAUAUAAGAUUCUAUGUAUCGAAGUA